AACAACUUCUGAAGAAACUGUUUGCCAGUAUUAUCUCCACCUAAGAGACUUCUCUUGUAAAAACUUAAAAGAAAAAUACUGAAAUCAUUGAAGAAUUAUGAAAAUCACGUUUUUCUUUGCUGCAUUGUUCUUGCUGGAUCUCUUCACUUGUGGUCAUGCUUAUCCACAAUAUCCCUUGCCUGACAUAGAAGAUCCAAAGUUCAUUGAAGACUGUUUGAGAACUCACAACAAGUUUCGAUCCAAAGUGAAUCCACCAGCCAGCAAUAUGUUUCGCAUGUCCUGGGAUGCUGCUUUAGCUAAGACUGCCAAAGCGUGGGCAAAGAAGUGCAAGUUUAAGCACAACAUCUACCUUAAAAUGCCGAGGAAGGUGCACCCCACCUUUACUCCUGUUGGAGAAAACAUCUGGACUGGCACAGCCGCUAUCUUCUCCGUGGAUGCAGCUCUCAGUGACUGGUUUGAUGAAGUCAGCAGCUAUGAUUUCAACACCAAUAGAUGUACUGGCAUGUGUGGUCACUACACUCAGGUCGUCUGGGCAGAGAGUUACAAAGUCGGCUGCGCAGUUCACUUCUGCAAUACAGUUGAAUAUUUUCCAGGGCUCCUCCGAGCAGCACAUUUUGUUUGCGAUUAUGGGCCAGCGGGGAACUACCCAAGAAAACCGUAUAAAGCAGGACGACCAUGCAGUGGAUGCAGUAAUGAGAAGUGUGUAGACAAGCUCUGUGAAAAUACAGAACGUGAGAAGCUGAUAAAUUAUACCUACUGGUAUCCAGACUGGGAUGCACAGCCCCAGCCACCACGGCCCCGUCCUCCCAGGCCUCCCAUGCCGCCGCACAUCCCACCUGCUGAGCAUCCGCGUCCCUCUUGUGACCAGUACUGUGUUAGUGUUUCAAUUUUAAGGCCACUCUUUUUGGUACUGAGUGCUGGUGCUGUUCUUUUAGUGCAACAGCGGUUUCCACAUAGAUUUUUUUAUGAGUAAUGAUCAAUUAAGUGAUCCUACUGCUGUAUUACUCGCAGAGAAUUGCACACAUUUGCAAAAACACUCAGUCAUCUCUCCGUUAUCCUUGUGAUGUUUAUCCAGCAUAGAAAGGGCUGAUUCUUCACUCCAGGCAAGAUAAAAGUGGCUGUGCAAAGAGUUAGUGUAAUUUAUUGGCAGUAGCUGCAACACGCUUCUGCGUCUGCACAAGCCUCUUAGCUCUGGCUCAGGAGUAGCUUGCUAGAGGGACCACGUAGACUAUAUAUUACUAUACAUGCCAACAAGCCUCCUGGAAACCUGGAGCAUCACAAAGACAUGUCUGAAGUGGCAUAGCGGAUCCAAAAGAAGCAAUAACUCAUCUCCAUUAACCUCCAAUUA